AUGUCAGAAGCCCAGCCGCGAGUGGCUUAUCAACCAUUGCACCCUUCUCUUCGGGACAAACUCGAUCCUGAAUACGUGUCCCUUCACGACGAGGUGUUGCAGUACGUCAAGCCAAACGAAUCGCAAGGUUGGAAUCCUGAAUCUCGCAAGUUCGUCUCGCCACUUGGAGCUGGAGCUCAGAAGGACGUCGAGGUGGGAAAGAUCACCAACCACGAGAUCGGGGAUGGAAUUCAGGCGAGAAUAUUCACUCCUGAAGGGCGACCUGCGUCGUCUGAGGGCUGGCCUUGUCUGUUCUGGCUCCACGGUGGUGGCUGGGUCAAUGGAGGCUUGAACAGCGAGAACGGCUUCCUGAGGCACUUUUGCAAAUACGUCAAAUGCGUCGUGUGCACCGUCAACUACCGGCACGCACCCGAAUAUCUCUACCCUACGGCCGUCGAGGACAGUUUGACAGGCCUGAAAUGGCUGGUACAGCCAGAGAACGUACAGAAAUUCUCAAUAGAUACGAAAAAGUUGAUAUUUGGCGGAUUAUCAGCAGGUGGCAAUUUGAUGGCGAUCCUAUCUCUCCAAGCGAGCCAACUCGACACGCCGAUCCGUCCAAUAUUUCAGUUCUUCCUCUGUCCCGUCAUCGACAACACUGCAACGGUCGAGACGACAUGGUCCACGUCGAGACACUCGCCCUGGCUCACGCCGCAGCGCAUGACAUGGUACCGAGAACGGUACUUCGGCACGAACGACGCAGAGAGUGUAAAGGAGUGGACCGCGUCGCCGUGCUUCGCCCCGGACGACUUGCUACGACGGUAUCCCAAGACUUUCGUCGCCGUGUCCGAGUGUGACCUUCUAGCUCCCGAGGGACUAGCGUUCGCCGAGCGUCUGAGCGACUUAGGUGUGCCUACCGAGGUCAAAGUCUACAAGGGAGCGACGCAUUCGAUACUAGUGCUCGCCGGAAUUCAUGGCAUUGGGAAGCAGCUCGUGCAUGAUGUCUGCGAGCGUGCAGCGGCCGAGUUGGGGGGUUCUUAUGAUCGGGAUGCUGCGAAGAUUGAGAGACAAUAG